AUGACCUUGCCCAGCUCUAGCGGACCAGGAUGCAGGGUCCUACCCACACCGAUACACAGCAAAGUACCAGAUAAUCCUCACGACCGAUGGACUCAACCAGAAAACGAGAAGACGAACUCGGACGAAUCUCCACCGCCCCCGGUGCCCAAACCGAGGAAGACAUGGCUGUUCUGGGCGCUCUUCCCAGCCUUGUGCAUGACGACCUUCCUUGCCGCUCUCGAAACAUCGAUUCUCUCCACUGCCCUUCCGACUAUUGUGCUCGAUUUUCACGCGAGCGAGUCCGCCAUCGCCGGAAGUGCCAACACCACCCCUGCGAUUAUCGACGGACGAGCGGUUCAAGGGAUGGGUGGCGGAGGAAUCAACAUUCUCGUGGACACUGUCAUCUGUGAUCUGGUGCCCCUGCGCCAGAGGGGUAAGUAUGUGGCACUCAUGGCCUCGGUUCGGGCUGUGGGAACCACGAUUGGCCCGGUUCUUGGUGGCGCCUUUGCGCAGCAUGCCUCCUGGCGCUGGGUCUUCUAUAUCAAUUCGCCCUUGUGCGGUGUGUCGCUGUACCUUCUUGUGCUCUUCCUUCGUGUCAACCAUCCGCCCCGGCCACCCAACACAACCCUCGGGCAACAGUUCGGCCGCGUUGAUCUACUGGGCAAUACCAUCCUCACCUUGGCUGUCGUGGCCAUUCUGCUGGCACUGACCUGGACGGGAACCGCCUACCCCUGGUCCUCUUGGCGAAUUUUGACGCCUUUGUUUCUGGGAUUGGCGGGCCUGGCCCUCUUCUGCAUCCACCAAGCCUCGCGCCUCUGUCGGGAUCCCUCUAUCCCGCCCCAGCUCUUCUCCAGUGCAACCGCUCUCUUGGCCUAUUUCCUGCCCGUCUAUUUUCAGGCUCUCCGCAGCCUUGCCACCACUGCCUUUGGCCUUGCUGUCCUCCCCAUCACAGCAGCCAUUGCACCCUUCGGCGUGAUCACAGGCGUAUUGAUCGCAAUGAAAAACAAAUACCGCCCCUUCCACUUCCUGGGGUAUGUUUGUGUGACGAUCGGGGUCGCCUUGUUUUCUCUCCUUGAUAAUAACUCCCCUGCCCGGGACUGGGCCGGUUUCCAGGCUGUCCUUCCCGAGUCCGAGGUCGCAACGGCCACGGCGACGUGGGCGUUCGUCCGGAGUCCGGGGUGCAUUUGGGGCAUUGCGAUUCCGACGUCCAUCUUCAAUACGAGGGUGCAACAGAUGCUCAGCGUUGUGAGUGAUGGCCCAUUGAGAAGAAGCUUGGCAAAUGGAGACGCCUAUGCCUUAGCCGCGGAAGGGUUGAUCAAAAGCCUCCAAGGGCAAGCGGAGUUGCAGAGGGAAGUUCUGAGGUUGUACGAGGAUGGGUUGAGAUGGGUAUGGUUGAUGGCGGUUCCGUUCGGGGUCAUUGGGUUCUUGUUGUGUUUCCCAGUUCGCGAGGUGAAGCUAAGAGAGCAGUUGGUGACCGAGUUUAGGUUACAAGGGUGA